GUCCAUUGUGAUAAGAUUGACUGAUAAAAUAAGAUUUUUCCUAGGUUGAUUGUUGAGAAUCUGUCAACUAAGACAUCCUGGCAGGACUUGAAGGACUUCAUGCGUCAGGCUGGAGAAAUAACCUACACCAAUACUCAUCAUCAGCGCCCUGGAGAGGGAGUAGUCGAAUUCGGCUCCAGGAGCGACAUGGAAUACGCUUUAGACAAACUCGACGGAGAGGAGGUCGAUGGUCGCCGAAUUAAGUUGGUGGAAGAAUCACGUGGCCGAUCCCGAUCUCGCUCGAGGUCCCGCCGCUCUCGGUCCAGGUCCAGGCGAUCUCGAUCCCGCUCCCGUAGAUCCAGGUCUAGGUCGGACAGAUCCAGAAGCAAAUCCAAGAGCCGAAGAUCUCGAUCCCGAUCCCGUUCAUAAUCCAUUAGCUGUAAUCGGUACAGUUACAGAUACAUCAGCUGUACUCGUUAUAGUUCUUGAUUCGUCAACUGGACCCGGAACAAAACUCGUCUCAAUUAUUGACAAAGCAGAGACGUUUCGAGUCUCCGUUUAAAUGUUGUACUCUGUAAAUUGUAAAAGCCCCACAGCAGCAAAUUGAACACCGUAAUUAUCGCGUUAUAGUAAUUCUGCAUUUGAUUUUCAAAAUUGUUAUGUGGAAACUUUCAAUAAUUCCUUAAUUGUUAUAUAUGGAAAUUACUCAUUUUGGGCAUCUAAAAAUUUGUUUCUCAUCGUAAAUGUUUCAG